AUGUCUGAACCAACUCCUGCGACUGUGCCUGCUCCUGCAGAUACAAAGCUUUCCAAUAAGGAGCUCAAGGAUCUCAAGAAGAAAGAAAAGGCUGCCAAGCGCGCGGCUGCAAAAGUUGGCUCCUCCGGCUCCGAAUCUGCGUCGACAAGACAGAAAGAGUCAAGAGAUUCUAAUGGUAAACCUCCAACAGCCACACAUAUCAAAAAGCAGCUAAAUUCUGCCAAAAUCAUUGAGUCCGACCGUAAAGUGCCUACGAUGUUUGGACACCUGGAAACCAGAGAACAGCGUAUUUCCUCGUCGCCCCAGAUAGCUAGUAUUGUUCAUCCGAAAAUCUUGGCACUCACGCUGAAGAUCUCUACUUACAAAAUCGUGGGCUCCACGGCCCGCUGUCAGGCAAUGCUUGAGGCAUUCAAGGACGUCAUUUCAUCUUACCAAACUCCAGACAAUGCUUCGUUGCAGAGAAAUCUCACGUCUCACCUGUCUCAUCAAAUUGAGUACUUGAAAACAGGUAGACCUCUCAGUAUUUCAAUGGGAAAUGCAAUCAGAUGGCUUAAGCAGCGAAUCUCCAUUAUACCGAUUGACCUGAGCGACGAAGUUGCAAAAAAGCAGGUAAUUGAGGAAAUUGAUCUUUACAUUCAGGAGAAAAUUCUCUACUCGGAUAAGGUUAUCACUCAAUUCGCAUCCACGCACAUUCAGGAUGGCUCAAAACUCCUCACCUAUGGACACUCGGAGGUGCUAAAAAAGCUUUUCAAAUACUGUGCUGUUGAGGAGAAUAAGUCUUUUGAAAUCUACAUUAUCGACUCAAAACCUUUAUUCGAGGGUAAGAAGUUGGCCAGAGAAUUAUCUGCUGUUCCAAAUAUCAAAUGCCAUUACAAUCUAAUCAACUCGCUAUCCACAAUACUAGAAAGGUCUGACAUUGAUUUUUGUUUCUUAGGUGCUCACUCGAUGCUUUCCAACGGCAGACUGUAUUCACGCGUGGGAACUGCUAUGAUUGCGAUGGCCUCUAAGAACAAGAACAUUCCCGUGUUGGUGUGUUGCGAAUCCAUGAAAUUCAGCGAUAAGGUUCAGCUGGACUCUGUAACUCUCAAUGAGCUCGGUGAUUCGGAAGAUGUCAUAAAUACCAAACCAUUCGUGAAAACGGGGUCCAACCUAAACCAAUUUUUGAUCUCUUUGCAGAGCAAGGAACCGAAGAAGCCGCAGCAGCAAGGUACCAAGAAGGACAAAAAGGAGCUUCAGCUAGCUGAUAAUGAAUCGCCUGUCUUGAAUAACUGGAAAGAGCUCAAACCUCUAAAUAUACUGAAUGUUUUAUAUGAUCUGACUCCUCCAGAAUAUAUUCAGAAGGUCAUUACCGAGCUAGGCGCUCUACCGCCAUCAUCUGUGCCAGUCAUUUUGAGAGAAUAUAAGACAAAUGCAUGA